GUCAAAACAAAUUUAAAGGUUAUGUGGUUCGAUCGAAGUCGAACCUAAAAAAUAAUAUCUAUUGUAGCCGUUUACUUAUAAUCUCUAAAAUAUGAUGUCCUUCAAAUCAUUACUAAAACGCACAAGUCCAAUGGUGGUACAAAGCGCGCAAGCUCACAGGAAGCCACGUUGGUUGCCAGUGGCGAGGACCAAGAUUUAUCGUAUUCCAAAACGGCCUGAAGUCUCCGAAGAGGAACGGUUGGAGUUGUUACGGAUAAACAAUAACUAUAAGACACAGAUGCGGGCGAUCCGACGGUUCUUUCACGAGGAGAUGAUUAAGGAGAAGUCUACGCUGGAGAGCACAAGUUCUGAGAUGUCACAGCGGAUUGAGGCCGAGGAGUGGGAGCGGUGCGUGGCGGUGAACGCGCGUUGGAACGAGCAGGUGGCAGCGGAGCGCGAGCAGCGGCGCGUGCAAGAGCUGGCUGCAUUGGAGAAGUACGCCCUGAAGCGCAUGGAUGCCAAGGACGCAGAACAAUCGGCUAGGGCCGCUAAGGCUUCCGCUGAGAUUAAGUUGCAGAAGGAGCUGAGUGCAACAUUCAUUACCCCUGAGACAUUAGAUGAAGCUAUUGACCAUGCACUCGCCAACCCCUUAGACUUCAACUUUGCUAUUGACUUGAAGGGCACACAAUACCCUGGACGAGAAACCCCGAUCACAGCACCAAAGGAUGAGCCGAAACCAGCCACAGCCCAAUCUUAGUUCUAAUAAAUGUAUGUGUAAAUAAAAUUGUAGUUAUAAAUAAAAAACGUCUGUUAAUCACAA